GAGUGUAAAAACGUUACGCUCCACGGAAAACAAACGGAAUCGCUAGAAACGCCAGAAAUCAUCCGUAUCCGCCGUCAUCAGACAUCCGCUCGCAGGAUACAACCAAAAUAAUACAUAUACACACCGUCUCACAACGAAUAAGCUAUAUAGCCAUUGCAGGAAACUAGCCACAGCGUGGAAAUUUCCCCAUAAUUGUCGAUUUUCAAGUGCUCCGAUCGAAAAAUCGUAAGUGCAAUGUGAAAGUCAGCUUAUACGACAGCUGAAUGUGUCAGUGUGAGUGUGAGUGAGUCUCCCCAGUGAGUGAGAGUGUGUGGGUGUGCAGGAGUGUGUAAAUGUAAAUACCACGAAAAUCGCUGAACGCCGAAAAAUAAAGCACAGGCCAGUGGAAGAGGAGGAGUGGAGAGGAGGAGAGAGGGAAUCAGAAAUCAGCGAGGACGAAGCCAGAGGCAGUUGAGCAAGAAGAAGAGGAGCAGCAGGAGCAACAGCAAGCGUGCUGGGACUCGGGCACUGGGACUAGGACUGGUGGCAGGAAUAGGAGCAACAGUCGCGGAGGCAACGUCGAGACGCAUGCACGCUCCAUGCUCGCCGCUGGCUGAUGGCCAAAGAACUCGGAAUCGCAAUAGGAACUGGAACGCCAGAGAGCAGAGCACCACUACCACCAUCUGUCGUCGAAAUCAACUGAAUUGAGCGCCGAAAGCAAGCAGAGGGAAUCCUUUGCCGCAUCAAGUAUACGCCCCAUUGCGCCCACCUGUGGACAGAGUGCAGCAUGUCAACUUCAAAGCAUCACCAUCACCAUCAUUGCCGAGUCGUCUGUGUGUGGCUUCUCCUGGCGCUAGCAUCACUAUCGUCGGCCAGCAUCGCAGUGGGUGCGAUCCCGGAGCCGGAGGAGGCGGCCUUUCAAGGCCACUGUGGACACACCAGCCCCUGCGAACAGCUUUGCUACGAGAUCCACGAUGGAAUGUACGAGUGCGACUGCAUCGAGGGCUACGAGCUGAACAAGAACGGUUACAGCUGUCAAGUAAUUAACGCCACUUCCAACAGUUUGGAUGGGCGUGGCAAAUCGGACGAGGAUGUGCUCUACCAGAAGGGCGCCUCGUUCAGCGCCAAGUUGGCGAACGACGAUGGUGGCAAGGCGAUGGCCAAGUCCACGUUCGCCCUAUCCGCAUCGCAAUCCGCAUUGCCGGCGGGCAACGAGAACGCAGAGGAUGAGUCCGGAUCCGAGAGCGACAGCUACGAUUACGGCGAGCUGGAGGACAGCAAUUCGGAGACACAGGAGCAGAAGCAGCAAUCGCUGAAUCUUCAGCAGCAACGGCAGCAGCAACAGAAAGUCAAUUCAAACGAUUACUACAUAUCAGCGGAGAGCAUCAACUUCAAUUCGGAGUCCGAGGGCCAGGAGCAGGAUGUGGCCGACUUCAAGGCGGCCAGCACGGCUCUGCCCACCUCGAUGUCCUCGACUCCCAGCAGAAGAACCACAAGGGCACCCACCAGCACAACCACGACGACCACGACCACAAGGAGAUCGCCCACCAGGGCGCCCAAGAGGCGAGUGGAUGUGGACUAUGGCGAGGGUGAUGCCAGCGAUGACUACGGUAGCUACGGCUAUAAGUCGGACAUGUCCGUCUACGACGAUGUCAACAAUAAUCAAUUAAACUUAAGACGCAACAGCAACAGCAAAUCGCAAACAUAUCAGCAGACAAGCAAUACUAACACGGCCAAGAACCGCAGGAAGUACCCAAACGUAACCAGCAACAAGGUCCAAAUGCAUAUCAACCGACCGAGGGAGAGCAACCGACUUGAGAACAUAUCAGCAGCGGAACCGGCUUCAGUGGGAGCAGCCAUGACAACAGACAGGAGCACUCCCACAUGCAAUUUGGAUUGCGGUUCCGAUGGAAUCUGUGCCUUGGAGGCAACUGCCGCCAGCUCUCGUUGUCUUUGUCCCUUUGGGAAAACGGGCACUGGCUGUCAAGAAGAUAUACGAGCCCAUGUACCGCGUUUCGCCAAGCGAUCCUGGCUAGCAUUUCCGGCGCUCCAUGGCGCCUACAAGCACGUUCAACUGCGCAUCGAAUUCCGUCCAGAGUCCUUCGACGGCAUUAUCCUGCUGAGCGGAGAGCGCGAUGACCUCACCGGAGACUUUAUGGCCCUGCUACUAAACAAGGGCUUUGUGGAGUUCUGGUUUGACUGUGGCUCCGGCGUAGGCAGCGUUCGAUCUCGGGAGACCAUCUUGCUGAACGAAUGGAACUCGGUGAUCAUCUACCGUCAUCGAUGGGAUGCCUGGCUGGUACUCAAUCAUGGCACCAAGGUCCAGGGAAGAUCCAAUGGUCUAUUCUCGCGUAUUACUUUCCGGGAACCAGUUUUUCUGGGUGGAAUUGGCAACAUAACUGGAUUGGCUAAGCGUCUACCGCUGGCCGAGGGAUUCGCCGGCUGCAUUCGUCGCUUUGUGGCCAACGAGCAUGACUACAAGUUCACGGAGCAUCCCUUGGGCGAUGUCAUCAAUGGAUUCGAUAUACAGGACUGUUCCACGGACAAGUGUGUGCGGUAUCCUUGCCAGCAUGGUGGCAAGUGUCUACCUUCAGAUCAGGGCGCCAUAUGCCUGUGUCCAAUAGGAUUUGUUGGAGAUUUGUGUGAGAUUCGAAUGGAUCUACAGGUUCCCGCCUUUAAUGGCUCCUCUUUCCUGCGCUACGCUCCACUGGGCGAUAGUGCUCUUAUUUGGUUGGAGCUUAAGGUGACCCUGAAGCCCGAACAGGCGGAUGGAUUGAUCCUGUACUCAGGGCCAGAGCAUCGAGGAGACUUUAUAGCCCUGUACCUCAACGACGGCUUUGUGGAGUUCGCCUUUGAUCUCGGCAGUGGGCCAGCUUUAGUGCGGAGCGAACAUUCCCUUAGUCUGGGUCAAUGGCACACCAUCAAGAUCUCUCGCACAGCUCGGCUGGCGGUGCUCAAGGUGGAUAAGCAUCAGGAGGUCCUGACCAUUUCAUCGAACGGCUUCUGGCACUUGUCGUUGGACCAGAAUCUGUUUGUGGGAGGCGUCAACCACGUGGACCGUUUGCCUCUGGACCUCAAGUACAAACCCUUCUUCGUUGGCUGCAUCCAGAGGAUCGACAUCAAUGGCCACUCGCUGGGCAUUGUGGCGGAGGCAUUGGGUGGCAGCAACAUCGGCAACUGCCCCCACGCCUGUGUGGCACGACCGUGCGGCCCCCUGGCGGAGUGCGUGCCUCAAAUGGAGAGCUACGAGUGCCGCUGCAGCAUCCACAAUGAGCGCUGCAACAAGGCCGCCGAGGUGCCGCCCGAGCAGCUGCCCGAGCUGGGCCUCCACAAGUCCAAGGUCCUCGAGACGAAGGACAAUGGAGAGGCAGCGAAGAAGGUGUCUGGCUUGGCGCACAAGAAGCAUUCCAAGAAGCACAGGAAUUUGCAUAAGCCAACCCCUGCCACGAGCACGACCACAAGCACCACCUCAACCACCACCACGACCACUGAAGCUCCUGAAUCUCCUGAGAGGACAGAGGACGCCACUGCGGGGGCGCUAAGCAACGAGGAAAUCGAAGAUGAUAUCAUAUUCCGUCUUGUGCAGCAGCAACAGCAGCAGAGGGAGCUCAAGAAGCAGCAUCAGCAGACGACUACCACUGCCCCAGCCACUUCCACUUCCAUGUCCGCUGGCCCACCUAAAGCAAAGCCCAGGUUUUCAGGGAAGCACCAUGCCAGCAAACACGAGCACCACCAGAAGCCAAAUGCAGCCUUCACCCGCAAGCUGAGUCGCCUGCCCACCCACUACGAGAGUUUCCAGACGAACCCCGACAGCGAUAUCCUAACCUUCGAGGACAACAACGAUUGGGUGACCAGUCUGCAGCAGCAGGAGUACGGCGAUGCCAUGGCGGCCAGUCAGAUGCCAUUGGCCUUUGAGGAUGGAAACACGGGUAACCCCAAGUCGAGUGACAACAACGAAGAUGAUACGAACGCCUUUGUGUUUGAUGAGUCCCUUUUUGACGCCUCUGAUGGAACGGAGGAGUACCAGCGCAAGCAACUGGCCCAGGACAUGAAGCGCAUCAUGUCCAAUUCGAAUACGCACUCCAGUCACAAGAAGGCAGAGGUCCAGUUCCCACUUCAAACCAGUCAAGAAGGAAGUUCCCCCAGCGAAGAUACCUCUCAGUACAGCGACGAUUACAACGACGAUGAGCUUCUGACGCCAGUAAUGCAGGGCAGUGAGGAGGUCAAGCCGGAACAGCAUGCCUCCAGCACACCGCAGACCCACACCGACUGGAGUCUUCUGAAGAAGUUCGACCUGUCCGCCGAGCACCAGUCGCAGGUGCAGGGCGUACGCAAGAAUUUCGGAGCUUGCUUCGCCGGCAGCGACAGCUAUUUCCACUACAAUGACGCGGACACCAUGAGCCAGGUGAUCAGCUACAGCAUCGACCUCAAUCUGCGCAUCAAGACGCACUCGGAGAACGGCGUGAUUCUGUGGACGGGACGCCAGGGAACGACGGAGGAACACGAUGACUACCUUUCGCUGGGCAUCGAACAGGGGUACUUACACUUCCGCUAUGAUUUGGGUUCUGGAGAGGUUGAUAUCCGUUUCAAUGGCACGAAGGUCAGCGAUGGCCUGUGGCAUCGCGUGAGAGCCAUCAGAAACUCUCAAGAAGGCUAUCUAGAGGUGGAUGGUAGAAAGACAGUCACUUUGCGGGCGCCUGGUAAACUCCGCCAGCUGAACACGGACACCGGUCUGUAUGUGGGUGGAAUGCCGGAUGUGGGAUACUUCACGCACCAGCGCUACUUCAGCGGCAUCGUCGGCUGCAUCUCGGAAAUCGUCCUGGCCGGCGAAAUGAAACUGAACUUCGAUCCGAAUACGCUGGGAACGGAGCACAAUGUGGAGACGGGCCUCCUAUGAAACGCUGCACGCACGCCUCAAGACUUUUGAUAUCGACUAGUUUAAAUUAUAUGUUAAACCACACAAAUGUCCUUCGUCGAUUUGUGUUUGUACAAAUACGCUUUUAAAACCAAAAACCGAGAGAGAGAAUUGGAGAAAUCGAAAACGCAGAGUUAGAAUGAGAAACAUUUUUUUACACCACAAGACGGAGGAGAAGACGAACUAAAUCUAGAUGGGAAACAUACUACAUAUUAUAUACACGCUUAUUGAGUAUAUACAAAAAGGCAUAAAUAGAUAUAUAUAUAUAUAUAUACAUAUAUAUAUUUAAAGCAGAGGAAACCAAUUCGAAAAACGAAGGCACGCUUCUUAUAGAGCCUGUGACUGUCAAUACUUCAGAUCGGAAUAGUUUAUAUAUAACUUUAGCAAAGGAUUUAUAUCGGGAGGCGUAGGUCAUAUAGAAUAUGAAACAAGAGCGCAAAAAUCUGAGUAACCGAGCUGUCCAUUUGGCGCAAUUUGCGAAAUUAACGAAAUUAACGUAACGACAAACGAUUAACGAUUAACGAAUAACGUAUCGAGAUACUUUAGUGUGUGGUCGCUUUUUUUGAACGAACCGUUACGCUUUACAUGCAAAGCUGCCAUCUUUUUGUACCACACACACACACUCACACACAACAACGACAACUCACACACACUGACAAGCACUCCAGGAACAAACACGGUUACAAAUGCAAAUUGGCAAUUCUUUCGUUUUUCGCAUAGCUGUACCUUAAACUAUGAACUGUAAACUGUAUAACUGUACAUUCUGUACUAUUUGGCACUUCUUGGAAGGUCCAGUCCAAAAACGAACGAAUCAAAGACCGGAAACGAGAUAAAUCGAGAUGGGAGGAAGUGGGAUGAGAUAAGAUGAGGUAACAAACAUAUUAAGUGGUAAGUUAAUAAAUGUGUAGCGUGUACUAGCUUGUAAGUCGGCACACUCACACUUACACACACACACACACAAAACACACUCGUAAACACACACGCCUGCCUAUAUGAACUUUUAUAUCAAAAUCGUAAGAUACUAAAGACACCAAAGAUACUUAAGACAUACGUAAGAACACCAAAGCAAACACACUAUUUAAACACUUGAAAACGCGCUGAGCCAGAAUUGAAACUUGUGGGCGAUUUUUAACAAUUUAUACUAUACCGUUAAACACUGACAACAAACCACAAACAACAGACAAAAACCACAACAACAACAACAACUAGCUAAUGGAAACCAAACAAAAAAAGAACGCAAAGCAAUUUAACAAUCCCAUAGCGAAAUUUUUAAAUGCGAGACAAACAACUAAUCCGAAUAGCCUGUUGAAACAAUUGUAAAAGAGCGAACAAAGUAUGGUAUAUGGUAAAUGGUAAAUAAAAUUAACUAACUAAGGAGGUGGAAUCGUUUGUAUUCGUCUUAUGAGUAUAAUUUUGUAGCUUAAUGAGAUAACAACCACGUAUGUAGUUAUAUAUACAUCAUAAACACAUAUGCGUAACUAUAUAUGACUAUGAGAAACUAUAGAAACAAUGGCGUAAAAUGAAUAAAGAAAUCACAACCACCAAUCAAUGUAAAACUAAAUUAAACGACAUUCAAUGUAGCUUAUUUAUAUAACAAAUGAAGAUCGCAGCAUUGAGAUAUUUAAUUUCGUACAUUGGUUUGCAGAAAAUAAAUUAAAAAAACGAUUAUAAA